AUGGGUGGCCUCCAUCUAGCCAGAAUACUUGAAUUUGACGACGGCACGAAAUGGGUAGCACGGAUUCAACAGCACAAACUCACCAGCGAACUCGAGAAACGACUUCUCCAUGAAAUCCACACACUCUCCAUCCUCCACGAACAAACAGACGUCCCCGUCCCGGAAGUCUACGGCUACGAGACCAACCCAGACGUUAUCGGUCGUGCAUUCAUGAUAAUGGAGUUCAUUCCCGGAAACACAGGAACGGACUUUACGGGGCCGGGUAGUGCAGCCAUGUCAACAAUCCGGUUCCCGAAAAUCGGCAUGGUCGCCAAGCGCAACGAUGGCACAUACGAAAUUGAAGCAAUACCAGGUCUAGGAGGACCGUUCGACACAGCAACUGAGUAUUUUGCAGCAUGGGGGGAGCACACCAAAUUCCCGGAAUCAGAAAUAUGGAUGAGAGAUCAUCUACCGGAAGAAUAUGCGGAUGAGAUCAUCGCCUCGACGGGUGAUUACCCACGACGGAUCAAAGAGCAGAGAUUCGAAAUCACAGUUCGAAAUGAGGGGCCUUUCCCACUGAGACAUACCGAUUUCCUGCAUAGCAAUAUCAUUGUCGAUGCCGAGUUUAAUGUACUGUCUAUUAUUGACUGGGAAAAUGCAGGCACGGUUCCCUGGGAGAGGGUGGAAUUCCCGACAUUUCUUAUAAAGCUUCCUCCUGCACUGGAUUUUCCGUGGAAAUAUGGUGCCGAUGGGAAACCGCUGGAUGAUGAUAGAAGGAAGGUCUGGGAGGAACGAGAGAGGUAUGUGCGAAGCGUUGUAGAGGCCGAGAAACUGAUGGGUCCCACCAGAGUAAGUGACAGUAAAGAACGAACGGACACCAAGGAUGCAGCCAAUGGCAAAGAGUUGUACAAGUGUGAGAACGCCAAAUUGGGUCUAUACAGCGAAUGGAAGAAAGAGUAG